UCAAAGCAACAGCUGCACUGUUUGGAAUUUACUUAAUGAAAUCACACGGACAGCAGUGUUUUAUCUGAAAUUGCACAUAUGCGACCCUGGACCACAAAACCAGUCAUAAGGGCACUGCUAUGUUGAAACGCGUUAGAUAUGACUGAUGUCGAGGUGACAUAUGAAGACUUCAUCGCCUCUGGAAGGACCGGCCGACGCAAUGCUGUACACGACAUCCUGGGAAGCUCCGGCGGCCUGGACGCUAGCGGACUCUCCCAAACUCUGUCUGAGCUCAAUAUCAGCAAAGCGGAGGCAGGGAAUGAUGAAGAGAAAAGCCAGAGCUUUGCAGACUCCGAACCCAAGCAGGAAGAAGGCAAAGGGGAAGGUACAUAACAGACUUCAGUGACAGAAUCAGGAAAUACCCCCUCUAGUGGCUGAUUUUAAAAACUGAGCAUGGAGGGGUUGACACUGAAAGUAGCGGAGCAUCCCUCUCUCCCUUAAGGAUCCGGAUGGAGGAGACUUUGCUUUGAGGAAGCUACUGUGAAAGGCUGGGCCUUAAGAAUCACAGCGUUGCUGUUUUUCGACAGCGAACGCUACUUUAGCUGAUGUAGGUAUGAUUUGUACUUCGAAAUUCACUUUAGUUGUUUGGUACUUAGUGACUGGUGGGAAUUUGGGUCAGAAGUAAUGACAUUAGAUUGGCGAAGACACUCUUGGGAGAUCACAUGGAUCUUAUUUGGAAUGCCACCCACUGACCACUUGAUUUCGGAUUCACCUAUUAACUGCCAGAGUAGCGCAGCUAAUACGCACUCAAUGUUCAGUCAUUUUAUAGGUGUAGUGUUGUAAUAGUAAUAUCAGAUUUCGAUAUUAAAUUGUCCUGUCUUUGAUAUCAUGUUGAUAUUCACAUAAUAUAAGUGCUGCACUUUUGUUAAACACUCAUUGAGUUCAGAUUAAACUGUCUAUGAUGGUCUUGCAUGGCACUGCUCCUGACAGAAUACCUGUGUAACUGUUCACAUCCCGCAAAGGACUAAUCAUUUGUGAUCCGAACAUUUGCAGCGUGUGGUGAUGCUAAUUCCUUGAGUGUUUUAUGAUGAAAAUUCUUCUUGUGUUAUGAAAUCUAGCGUGAUUUGAAGUCUGACUGACACUGCCUAUUAACCCUUUUGAAAAUGUGUUCAAUAGAGCUUGCCUUAUCAAA